UAUUAUUGAUUUUUCUCAAAAUUUCCGUCAACGAAACCCUUAUUUCAUUUCCAGCGAUUACAUUAGAAAACCCAGAAACCAUAGAAGAAGAUUCACUCUGCAACUAACCCUAACGAUCCAAACAACCAUUGAGCAUUGAGCAUUUCAUGCUACGACUCGCUGAGUUGAAUCGGAUAACAAUCUGAGUUUCUGAGUGAUCGGUUGACGCACGCACGCACGCGCUCAUGGGUGCUACGGGCUCCAAGCUUGAGAAGGCUCUUGGCGAUCAAUUCCCUGAAGGAGAACGUUACUUCGGCCUUGAGAAUUUCGGCAACACUUGUUAUUGCAACAGUGUUUUGCAGGCACUAUACUUCUGUGUGCCAUUUCGGGAACAACUGCUGGAGUAUUAUGGAAAUAACAAAAGCAUAGGGGAUCCGGAAGAAAAUCUUUUGACUUGCUUAGCUGACUUAUUUUCACAGAUAAGUUCCCAGAAGAAGAAAACAGGUGUCAUUGCUCCCAAACGAUUUGUACAGAGGUUGAAGAAACAGAAUGAACUCUUCCGUAGCUAUAUGCACCAGGAUGCACAUGAGUUCUUGAACUUUUUGCUGAAUGAACUUGUCGACAUUCUGGAGAAAGAGGCUCAGGCUGCAAAAACUGAUCCAGAUACAUCACCACCUUCUGAAAAGGUUGCCAAUGGGUUCAAGAAUGGUCAUGUUAAUGGUGGUCAGAAAGAGCCGUUAGUUACUUGGGUACACAAAAAUUUUCAGGGAAUACUCACCAACGAGACAAGAUGCUUGCAAUGUGAAACGGUUACAGCCAGAGAUGAAACAUUUUUUGACUUGAGCCUUGAUAUUGAGCAAAACAGUUCAAUUACAAGCUGCUUGAAAAAUUUCAGUUCCACUGAGACAUUGAAUGCUGAGGACAAAUUUUUCUGUGACAAAUGCUGCAGUUUGCAAGAAGCUCAGAAGAGGAUGAAGAUAAAGAAACCACCUCACAUCUUGGUCAUCCAUCUUAAGCGGUUUAAAUACAUGGAACAGCUGGGCCGGUACAAGAAGCUGUCUUACCGAGUUGUUUUCCCGCUUGAGCUGAAGUUGAGCAACACUGUUGAAGAUGCAGAUAUUGAGUAUUCUCUAUUUGCAGUAGUUGUCCAUGUCGGGAGUGGGCCCAACCAUGGCCAUUAUGUCAGCCUCGUGAAGAGUCAUAACCACUGGUUAUUUUUUGAUGACGAAAAUGUUGAGAUGAUUGAUGAGUCUGCUGUGCAAACGUUCUUUGGAUCAGCACAGGAAUAUUCUAGCAACACAGACCAUGGUUACAUUUUGUUCUAUGAGACCCUUGGUGACAAGAACUAGACGGAGGAGUUCUGCAAGUUUUAGUUGUUACAUUCUUCAGAGGAUACGGGUUGGAGAUGUAUACUUAGGAUGUUGGCAUGUACAGUGGAUGGUGGUUGCACUGUCCUUUGUUCGUUUUAUCCCUUUCUCACAAUAAGAGCAGUAUAUAUAUUUAUAUGGGUGGAAAUUUCGCCGAUAAGAGGUGUAUUCAUGGUUGCAAUUGUUCAACCAACAUUAGAAGAACAAUGAAGUGGAAAUUGCUCGUUA